GGUAAAAUAGGUCGUGUUCAUAGAAUACCACCUUUCCUUAAAAAAUAAUUGCCAGUCAUCAGUUUUUACCGAAAAUUCGUGCAUUAAACACCAAAAAACCACAAUGGGCACAAUCAAGGUGAUAAAUGACGAAAGUCACUUCCAGACGGAGUUGGCAAACGCCUCCACUAGACUUGUAGUGGCCGAUUUCACUGCCAGUUGGUGUGGCCCCUGCCAGAGAAUAGCACCGAUUUUCCAGCAGUUGUCCACGAAAUACGUUAAGGCCGUUUUCCUGAAAAUUGACGUGGACAAGUGCCAGGAAACUGCAGCAAUGCAAGGGGUCUCAGCCAUGCCUACGUUUAUUUUUUACCGCAACAAGACGAAAGUUGAUACACUUAGAGGGGCGGAUCCCACGGCUUUAGAAAAUAAAAUUCAGCAAUAUUAUGGAUCAGAGGAAGGCGAAGAGGCUGAUGCUGUUGCUGGACACAUGGACUUGCAACCGUUUAUUAUGAAAGCUCAGUGCGAAUGUUUGAAUGAGAGUGAUGAGCAUUUACUAGAGCAUUGCUUGAAUUCCGGAGGGGGCUAUCUCCAGUCAGAUUGUGAUGAACAGUUGAUCAUUUCCAUUGCUUUUAACCAAGCUGUGAAAAUUCACAGUUUGAAAAUUAAGGCCCCCGCUGAUAAGGGCCCUAAAAAUGUUAGAAUUUUUAUAAAUCAACCAAGGACUCUCGAUUUCGAUCUUGCUGACGGGUACACAAGUGUUCAAGAGCUACAAUUAACACCAGAAGAUUUAGAAGGCAAUCCCGUGAACCUGCGCUAUGUUAAGUUCCAAAACGUUCAGAAUAUACAAUUUUUCAUCAAGGAUAACCAAUCAGGGGGUGAAGUCACCCAAAUUGAUCACUUAGCAAUAAUUGGGUCCCCAAUCAGUACCACAAAUAUGGGCGAUUUUAAGCGAGUUGCGGGCAAGAAGGGAGAAAGUCAUUAAGAAGGAAUUACUUCAAAAAUUUUAAUUACAAAAUGUAUACAUAAUACUUAAAUACAUUGUUACAAAGUCA